AUAUUAAAAUUAUUAAUAACAAACACAUUGAUACUUACUAAAAAAAAUAAAAUGUAUAUUGUCCGUGGACUGUCUGCAAUCAGUAUUAUAUUUCUUCCCUUUAUAUUACCUAUUAUAAUAAAGAAUGUAUACUGGAAAACAACCCUUUCAUAAACUGCGCAAAAAAGGAAAACCUGGCACAUACAAUACAAUGAAUAUUUUUAUUAAAUAUGUAAAAAGUAUGUAGUCUAAACUCGCCUUGCAAAGAUGUAUCGCAAACACGUAUUACUACCUAUAUACAUAAGUAAUAAGUAGUAAUUCCUUCGUCAUGCACUAUCAGUGGUUAUCGGCUACGAUGGUAAUUAUAAUUGCAGAUAAGACCUUUUGUAUAAUUUAUUCUCUACGAGCUCAAACAGUUAUUCGGUCGUGUGUACAAGUGAUAACAAAAUGACGAGUGCCAUACGAAAAUGUACGAAAUUUAUUGUAAAAAAUGUGAACAUCAUGGUGAACAGAUCAUCAUCUCACUUUACAUAUUUCCCAGAUGAACAGCAACCCAUACAAGUUAUGAAUUACAGGGGAAACAGUGAAGAUGAAUAUGAUGCAAGCAAUUAACAAUGCAAUGGAUCUCACCCUCAAGUCUGAUUCCAGUGCUGUGCUGUUUGGUGAAGAUGUGGGCUUUGGUGGAGUCUUCCGAUGUGCUCUGGGAUUACAGGAAAAGUAUGGAAAGGACAGGGUAUUCAACACACCACUAUGUGAACAAGGUAUAGCAGGGUUUGGCAUUGGCUUGGCCACAGCCGGAGCAACGGCUAUAGCUGAAAUACAAUUUGCUGAUUAUAUUUUUCCAGCGUUCGACCAGCUUGUGAAUGAAGCCGCCAAGUAUCGGUACCGGUCGGGUGGACUUUUCGAGUGCGGCGGGCUCACAGUCCGCGCUCCCUGCGGCGCUGUUGGCCAUGGCGGACUCUACCACUCACAGAGCCCUGAGGCCUUCUUCGCUCACGCCGCCGGACUUAAAGUUGUGAUACCCCGCGGUCCAAUAGCGGCCAAGGGUUUGUUGCUAUCAUGUAUUCAGGAUCGAGACCCCUGCAUAUUCUUGGAGCCGAAGAUUCUGUACCGGUCAGCGACCGAACAGGUUCCCGUAGACAGCUACACCUUACCACUCGGAAAAGCGCAACUUCUCAGGGAAGGUGAUGCAGCCACUCUGGUGUCGUGGGGGACCCAGGUGCACGUGGCUCUGGAGGUGGCGGACCUGGCACGGGAACGGCUGGGCGCGCACUGUGACGUGAUCGACCUGUGCUCCAUACUGCCCUGGGACCAGACAACCGUGUGCGACUCCGUGAAGAAAACCGGACGCUGCCUCGUAAGCCACGAGGCUCCACUGACAGGUGGAUUCGGUGCAGAGGUGGCGGCCGCCGUGCAGAACGAAUGCUUCCUCCACCUGGAGGCGCCCGUGGCCCGCGCGUGCGGCUGGGACACUCCCUUCCCGCACGUGUUCGAGCCCUUCUACCUGCCCACCCGGGAACGACUCUACGACGACCUGGUCAAGCUGCUGGACUACUAGCUACUAAUGUAACGAAUAUUCUCUAACGCGUAAACUUCCAAUUUAUCUUCCAUCGCAACCGUUUCACUUAUUUACUUUUCAAUUGCCAAUGUAUUCAAAGAUUUAUUAUCCCAAUGUAGGUAUAGUUUUAUCGACACAUUCUUGAAGCGAUAUCUGAUGGGAAGAUGAUGCCAGUUCAAGUGUUUAAGAUGCAUCGUGUUUUCGUUUUUCACAUUUUUCUAAUUUGGAAAGCUUGGUUUUAUGCGCAUUGCCUUCAAAUGAGUUUUCAUAGCAGUUGUAGUUCUUCCUUUAUUAGAAUAUUCAUUAUUACACAGCUCGCAGUUAGCUCGGUCAACACCGCAAAGUGUAAAAUAUAUACAUAUUUCACUAGAAUUUGAUUUACUAAAUUCACUUGUUUUGUUAACGAAAUAUUCGGCGCAAACAGAAUGACACUUCAAUCGAAUGCGUUCGUAUUAUUCUCGAAACAAAACGGAACGCACCUCUUUUGAAAGAUUCUGCCAAAAGACAAUUGGCACAAAAUUUGAACAAAAACUGAAUAUUUGCAUUCUAUUGUUAAAACGAUUAUAAAUGUGAUGUACGCGCUGCUUAUUUUAUGUACCUAAAUAUAUAUAAUAAUAAAAAUAAGUUAUUUUUAAUGUUU